GCUGCUCGUACUGGAAAUAUGGGGAACUAGCAUGGACAUUUUCUCACAGACUGAAAUGAAAUUACCCCCUAAGUCCUUAUACUUUUCGAACAGACAGUAAUGGUACCUGAACUAUCCUAUUCACGUCUCAAGCUUUAGAGGCUCGUAUCUUCCUCGUCCGACGUCGAAACUCGAUUCCGUCGAAAUCGGGGUGUUCCUGAGAUCGCUCUCUAUGUGAUGGUACCAAGGUUUUGAGGCUUUAUUGAGUUCGAGUACGCCGGGGUCGCCGUUGGAGCUACGUUCAUUACAUGAUUCGUCGGGUUACUCGAGUCCUAAAACGAGCUUAAGGAUCGAUGAGACUGAAAACCUUACCUCUUGAUGUCAAGAGAAGACGAUGUCGUCGAGCGUCUCUGUGACGACCUACUCUGCCUUCCCGUUGCUGGUCAUGCUUGCUGCUGCUCUUGGUCGAUUAGGAAGAGACGAGAGCGAGAAGGAGAGAUCGGGUGGGGUUUCUAUCUUCUCGCUAUGAUCUUCGUUGGGGAAGAGAGAAUGGUAGCGGUGUAACGGCUUGAGGAGGCAGAAUAAAUGGGGAAGCCGGAUGGGGUUAUAGCUAUAACGUGCUUUGGGGGUUUUUUUUUCUUUUCUUAUUGCUGCUGGUGACCACGUGUGGGGGAAAGGUGAUUCUUUUAAUAAUAACAAUACUAAUGAUUUGUUGUUAUGAUGAUGGGGAAACGAAGGGUAAUGGUGAAUAUUAUAAUGAUGAUGAUAAUAAUAAUAACAAUAAGAUUUAUUAUUAUAAUUAUUAUUAUCUCUAAUUUAGGGUUGAACCAAUCGUACGCUAACCGUCGAUCCAACUUCUUUGUCGAACCUAGACCCAAAUGUCGGGGUGUUGCACAGACUGGGCAUUACCAACUUGCCAUCUUAAACCCAUUUCCAACAACUGAUAUCUAAACAGGAUGCUCUCCCAACCCCACAAAGAUUAGGAGCGAGCCGUAGCUGUGAGGAAGGACCCAUUCGGGAAGUACUUUCCUUUAUAAACAUGGGCCAAAAGGGACUGAGGCUCGUUAAGGAUAGCCAUCCGAUUUUUUCCAAGUGGGUCUGAUUGAAAUGCUCAAAUCGGCAAAAUCCCAUCCCCCCGUCAUGUUUACUCCUACACAUGUUGCGCCAGGACAUCCAACGCACCUUAGCAUGGCUUGGAUCAUCACCCCACCAGAACCGGGCCACAUGUUUGUCCAAAAGAUGACAAAGAGAGAGAGAGAGAGAGAGAGCUUGAAAUAGGACAUCACGUGCAAUGACAACACCAAAGCAAUUGACUUAAUUAAUGUGUCCUUAGCCGCCCAAGAUAAUGUCCUUUGCUUCCAUCUCUGAGGGGCGUUCUAACAGCUUCGCCUCGAGAUAGCGGAAAUUCUCCAUUUUAGAACAGGAAAUCAGCGUCGGUAAACCAAGAUAUUUAUCAUGGACCUCGACCGCACCGACCCCUAAAAUCGCAGCUUGAAAUUCUUGGUCUGGCAGAGCAAUAAUUUUACUAAAGCAUAUAGCCGACUUAGCCAAAUUCACUCGCUGGCCACUAUGUUUCUCAUAUUCGUUUAAGACCACUAUCAAAUUCUCACACUCCUGGAGCGUACCUCUCAGAAAAAGGUAUGAAUCAUCAGCAAAGAAUAAGUGUGAGAUUCUAGGGGCACGUGGAGCCACUUUAACACCCUUAAGUUUCUUCUCCGAGAUAUCCUUAUGAAGGAGAGCCGCAAACCCCUCCGUGAAGAUCACAAAUAGGAGAGGGGAGAGAGGAUCACCCUGUCGUAACCCCCUAGACGGAGUGAAGUAACCCGAUGGAGUGCCAUUCAUAAGAACUGAAAAUGACGAUGAUCGCAGACAUUCUUGGAUCCAUCCUCGCCAGACAUAAUUAAAACCCAUUUUAUCCAAAACCGCAAGAAGAAACAGCCAUUAGACUCUAUCAUUGGCCUUUUCCAUGUCAACCUUUAGAGCCAUGUACCCUUUCCUACCUUGUUUUUUGAUUUUUAGGUAAUGCAUUAACUUGUGUCCAAGGAGGAUAUUCUCAUUAUUUGGCACUCCCUAAUGAAUGCAUUUUGUCCCUCGGAGAUGAUAAAGGGGAGGAGACAAGCAAGCCUCUCAGCCAUGAUCUUGGUUAUAAUUUUAUAAACAAACUGACAUAAGCUGAUAGGACGCAAUUGCUUCAUGAUGACUUGAUAUAUACACAUGUUUUUGUCCACCAUUCUUGUACCGUUUGAGUCUUAAUUCUCGUGUUUUAGGCCGAUUUCACGCUAGGUUGUUCUUGUUUGUGAUAUUUCAGGUCCUAGUACGUGAAUGCAUGUUUGGGAAUGAGUUCGGGGUCAAUUGGACGAAGAUUGGACGUUUGGCGAGAAGCUGAGGCACUCACACGGGCACACCUAAAAUUCCACACGGCCGUGUGACUUGGCCGUGUGGCACCACUUUGCAUGGGCAAGCCACACUGGCCGUGUGGAAAGUCCAGGGAGCUCACACGGCCAGACUGGAAAUCCACACGACCGUGUGCUUCUAGCCCUGCAGCGUGCCUGAAGUCUACUAAUCAAAACGCGGCGUUUCCAUUUUCACACGGGCAAACUGGGAAUCCACACAGCCGUGUGGUCGGGAAAUUCUGGGUUCUUAACCCAAUUUCGAGCCAAAGGAGGGGGAGCCGAGUUUUAGAGAGAAAAAGCGUAUACCUAGAGAGAGAAAGUGACGAACCUGAUUCUUCAAGUGCCUUAGAUCGAUCUCCAUCACCAUUGGAGCCCGGCUUGGGCUUGAAGAAGAGCUGAUUGAGUGCCAGAAGCAGAAUCUCAUCCUUCACAGUAUGGUUUCCGCAUCUGAGCUAGAUUUCCCCUCUCUCUCUAUGGAGUAACUUUCUUAUUCACCUGGGUAUGAAGAACCCUAAAUUUGUAAGUUAGGUAUGAUUGUAUGAACCCAAGUAUAGAUUUAGUGAUAUGAUUAUAUUCAAUUGAGGUUUGAUUUCUUGAAUGACAUGAAUCCUGAACAAAUUCCCGUUGUUUCUGCUUUAACCUAGAAAGAGAAUAUCUGCCUAGGUUGAUAGAGCACCCUUGAUUGAAGGUAGUGAAUUGACGACUUUAGUCGAGGAGUUGAUUCACUAUCCUGUACCGGAUUUACUUCGGUAGUGGAGGUUUGGUUUGUUAGGGCCUCAAUCUAUUUACUCCGGUGGAGGUUAGUCGCCCGCUGGGGACUCAGAUUGAGAGGGUCCGGAGACCUUUAGUCGAGACUGCGGACUGUUUAAGAACCUCCCGCAGUAUAACUAUCUUUGAAUUUGAACUUGGUAAAUUACAAUCCGGCUUAACUGCAGUCUAGGGGGAACCAUAUCCGGGUGACCUCUCUCAACUUGAAAACAACCUUUAACCUCUUUGCUUGUUUGGACCUUCACUACACAUUAACUGCUAAAUAAUAAGCACUCACGAAGUAGUCAUCACACUUAGGACCCGGGUUGACAUUAAAACCCAAAUCCGCUAUACUACACUUUAGGAGGUGGUUAAACUUGGCCAUUUUCUAGAGUGACGGUAGGAGCGAGUCACGUUUUUGGCGCCGUUGCCGGGAACAGCUAGGUUGUUGAGGAAACGUGAUUUCUGUUAAUUUAGCUUUUCUUUUUAGCAUUGUUUGUUUGCUUUGUCCCACUCGUGCCUUCACGGGUUUGCUGCUUGACUGUGUGCAGGUAGUGCAUGACCCGUAGCUAGUCGGGAGGUUUACUGCCAUUGGAUCCGGAGUUUGAACUAACUUGUCGCCAACUUAGGAGACAACAACGAGCUAGACUGGCUACGGAGGAGCGCAUAGACGGCCACUUGAGCAGCGAUUCUGAGGAAGAGUACGAGAUGGACGGUGAACAUAACCCGCCCCAGGGGAUACCUCUCCAAGUUCCCCCAAUGAAUCAGAUCAUGGGGAACAACCCAAUACCCCAGGCAGAUGGGGUUCAACAUCAACCACCGCCGCCGGGUCCCACCUUGGAGUAUUAUUACACUCCAUGGGUCGCUAAUAUCCGCCCUGUCAUCCUCUAUCCGCCCAUUCCAGCGAACAACUUCGAGAUCAAGCCAUGCUGGAUUCAACUCAUUACAUCCUCUAUCCAGUUUCAUGGCUUGAAGGAUGGGGAGGCAAGGGUGCAUCUUUCCCGUUUCCUGCAGCUAACGAACGGGUUCAAGAUGAAUGGUGUACCCGAUGAUGCGAUCCGCCUUCACCUCUUCCCCCAUUCUCUGGUGGGGCAUGCAAAGAGGUGGUUGGAGAUCCAUCCCCCAUUGUCCAUUACUUCUUGGGACGAUCUGACCAACAAGUUUGUGCACUGGUACUAUCCGGCAUCGAAGACUACAAAGAUUCAGCGGGAUAUCACUCACUUCCGCCAAGAGCCAGAUGAGUCGCUUCGUGAUGCAUGGGAGUGGUUCUCGAGAUUUUUCUGGCAGUGUCCCCAUCAUGGCUUCAAUGAUACAUUCACCGUGGGGAACUUCUACAGUGCUCUCUCUCCAGAAAGCCAGAGGGUGAUUGAGUCUCUAUGCCCAGGAGGGGAUAUUCUCACAAAGACUCCACCUGAACUGAACCAGAUGAUCAGUACCUUGGCUGCCAGAGAUCAUUCCUGGGGGCAUAGCACUAGAGGCAGGAAUUAUCGGGAUCAUGGUGUGCAUGCCAUGGAGGCCAGGUCUGGGCUAGAGCGGGAGGUGGCCGAGUUGGUCCAGACAUUGAAGCAGCCCAACAGUCUUAUUCCGGGCAGAGGUUUGGCCGGACCUCCAAUAGCGCAAUGUCAGUGGUGUGAGAGCUCGAACCAUCUGGUGGAAGACUGCCAAGCUAUGCGGGAGUCGUCUAUACCCCAAGAGAAGUUGGACUUCAUCGCCAAUGCUCGGCGCCUUGAUCCAUAUAGUGGUACAUAUAAUGAAGGUUGGCGCCAGCAUCCCAACUUCUCCUGGAAUACUAGCAACACCACCAAUCCACUUGGUUUCCCAGCACCAGCGGGUGGUUUUCAGUAGAGGCAGCCUUUCCAGGCCAUACAGGGGCGAGUUCCACAGUAGCAGCCUUACCAGCCUAGGCAGGGACGGCCAUUCCAGCAGCCGCAAUGCCAAUAUAUCAAGCCAGUAGCAGCUCCAGCUCCAGAUAAUCAGAUGACCGAGCUGAGAAACAUUUUAGCUGCAUACAUGACUACCAGCUAGGCCAAUUUUGCCAGGAUUGACUAGAACCUUGCCUCGCUGGAGGCAGAUAAGAGGAACCAAGGUGCCAUAUUGCUGGACCUCCAGAAUCAGAUUAGAGGGAUAGCCCUCCAGAAUAAUACCAAGGCACCGGGAAUAACAAAAAUUCAUUGAAGCG